AUGCUACCUUCGAAGUUUCUUUCUUGGCUUAUAGGGGUUUCAAUGAUUCUUUUGAUCCUCUCGUCAUUGUCCCUUCAUCAGUUCAGCAACAAUUAUGACAAUUCUUCCAUAGCCAGAUCAGUUUUUAAUUUUAUUUUGGUUAAUAGUUCAUCAAUUCACUUGAAACAAAAUGGCAGAGGUGAUCAAUUGAAAAGUCCUCCGAUCCCUAGUGAAAUGCCAAAGAAGGAAGAUACUGACAUUCACGAGGCGGGUUUUCAAGUUUCUGGUCACACAAUGAAUAUGGAUGAAAGGGGACAACACCGUGGGUCAGUAUGUGACCAAAGUCGGGCACUUCUUAGGGUAUAUAUGUAUGACUUGCCCUCUGAAUUUCACUUUGGGUUGUUAGGUUGGAAGGGCUGUGCAAAUCAGACAUGGCCUAGUGUAAGUAUUCCUAAUAGGUUUCCACCAUAUCCUGGUGGUUUAAAUUUACAGCACAGCACAGAGUAUUGGCUUACUCUUGAUCUUCUUGCAUCGAAUACUGCAAAUGUAGAUCGACCAUGCGGUGCAAUCAGAGUGCAGAAUUCGAGUGAAGCUGAUGUAAUAUUUGUACCCUUUUUCUCGUCCUUGAGUUACAACCGGCACUCAAAGGUCCAAGGACAUGAAAAAGUUAGCGUCGACAGAAUGCUGCAGGAUAAAUUGGUGCAGUUUCUGAAAGGCCGGGUAGAGUGGAAGCGACUUGGUGGGCGGGAUCACUUGAUUGUAGCCCACCAUCCAAAUAGCAUGUUAUUUGCAAGAAAUAAGUUGGGUUGGGCAAUGUUCGUGCUUUCUGAUUUUGGAAGAUACUCCAGAAAACUAGCAAACCUUGAAAAAGAUGUAAUUGCACCUUACAAGCAUAUGGUGAGAUCGAUCCCGAUUGCUAACUCGCCUUCAUUCAAUGAACGGUCUAUAUUGAUGUAUUUCCGAGGAGCAAUUUACAGGAAAGAUGGUGGAGCUAUCCGUCAAGUACUAUACUACCUACUUAAAGACGAGAAAGACAUUUACUUUGCCUUUGGAAGCGUUCAGGCUAAUGGGAUAAAACAGGCAGGGAAAGGGAUGGCCUCUUCUAAAUUUUGCCUGAAUAUUGCUGGAGACACCCCUUCUUCAAAUCGUCUCUUUGAUGCCAUUGCUAGUCACUGUGUUCCUGUAAUAAUCAGUGAUGAAAUCGAGCUACCCUUCGAAGAUGUUCUCGACUACUCAGAAUUCUGUGUAUUUGUCCGUGCAUCGGACGCUGUGAAAAAGGGUUAUCUUCUGAAUCUUCUCAGAGGGAUUAAGCAAGAGAACUGGACAAAAAUGUGGGAAAGAUUAAAGAAUAUCAGUAGACACUUUGAGUAUCAGUAUCCAUCUCAGCCCGGUGAUGCUGUGGAUAUGAUUUGGCAGACUGUUUCCCGCAAGAAAUUGGCCACACAAUUAAGUGUUCACCGGAAGAACAGAUACAGCAGAUCACAGUCUUCCUAA